AUGGAGGUUGUUGUCUCCGGUUCUGGAUCACAUGAAGAAAAUUCUUCGUCACCAAAUCCACGCCAGAAGCAAUCCGUGAUAAAAAAUAGGAUGGUUUCAUUGCAUCAGCCUUCUAAAUCAGAAAUCUCCUGUGUCAUCGGCUCAAGCUGUUCAUGGAUGACGUCCACAGACAGUUUUGGAAAACCAGACUGGGUGUUAUCUUCAGUUGGUGCCCUGAUGUCUCAGGAGAGGGAGCAGCUGCUUCUGGAAAACAGUUCCUCCCGUGGAGAUGUUGAAGGGGACAUUUUCCUUCUGAACGCCAGUAGGCUCCCAGAUAGAUGUGAGUUCAGCCUGCAUAGCCCUAUCCUGCCUGGGAGCUUGGACUCUUGCUUGCUGGAACUGGCCGUAUGUUCACAGGAUGCUCUUCCUCUCCUCCAGAGGUUCACAGCUGAAAUCACAUACGUGGAGACAAACAGAAGUGUAAUAAUUUCCCUGAGAUCUGGCCAUGAGGAGGAUGCUGGGAUGAAAUGGAAAUACCUGAUGGCCCAGAUUGGCCGAAUAGAAAGACCUUUUAAAAUCACCUUGCUGUAUUCAAGCUGUGGAGCACAAGAGGGUGGAGUACUGGCAGUGGGCUCCUUGCAACUCAGGAACUGCUUUCAUGAUAAAGAAAACCAAGAUCUUUCUUUAUAUGACAAAGGCUCCACCUUCCCUUGCCUUCAUGGAGGCUGUGUCAGCCACCUACAAAUCUGUGAGUUCAUCAGUGAUUGCCCUGCCAAAGAGCAAGAAGGAAUGAGAUGUGAUAGUCUCCCAGAGGGCUCACAUUGCUCUUUUGAAGAGGGUCCAUGUGGCUGGGUGCUGAAUGAAACUGCAGCAUUUCCUUGGUCUAUUCGGAGCUUUACUGAAAUUGUGAAAGAUGACUCAUUUGUAGGGUCUACCUUGCAAGCCACUGGUGGACACUUCCUCUACCUGCGAGCAGAGAGCAAUCAGACGAGUGGCGUGGCCAAAGCUUACAGUACAAGUUUGCCAGCGAGCAUUGCCACGGAAGACCACCAGAUCCAAUUCUCAGUGCAUGUUUUUGGCAGCUACAAUGGUACCGUCUCCUUCUCCAUCAGGGAAGAGAUAAAGGGAGCUCCAACCACCUUGCCCAUGUGGGAAAGGGCGGGGAGCUGGAGCGAUCACUGGUUUCUCAUCACCUUACCAAUGCCAGUGCUUCAGAACCGGUUUCAACUGCAGCUCCUGGCAACCUGGGGCUGGAAUUCCCAAGCUGACAUCGCUAUCGACAAUAUUACAUUUGGACUGGACUGCUUCACUGAUGGAAGACAACCAAAUCAUUUUGGUGAGAAACGCCAGGACCUACAGGAGAUUGAUAUCCUGGAUGAGCAUAUUCUGAACCCCCUAGAAGAGCCCUCGCUCCCAGGGGACACGUCUGUUGUUCUCUGGUGGUUCACGGCAUGUGGUGCCAGCGGUCCACACGGGCCAACUCAGGCUCAGUGCGACAGUGCCUAUAAGAACAGCAACGUGUCGGUGACCGUGGAGAAAGAGGGCAGGCUCCGGGGAGUGCAAGUCUGGAGAGUGCCAGCCACAAACCGGUACAGGAUUUCUGCCUAUGGAGCAGCCGGGGGGAAGGGAGCCAAAAACCACAAUAAGAGGUCCCACGGGGUCUUCAUCUCAGCCACCUUCCAGCUGGAGAAAGAUGAGCUGCUGUACAUCUUAGUGGGGCAGCAGGGAGAGGAUGCCUGCCCUGGG